GUGGUACAAUAACGCUAUCAGAAGGUGAAAGCUCAUAUGAAAGAACAACUGUGCCAGAGUGAGAGACGUCUUUAUGGAGAAAGCAUUUUCAAGACUGGAAAAGCCAUGACAGACCCCAACAAGAUGACCAUCAACUUGGCCCUCUUUGGCAUGACUCAGAGUGGAAAAAGUUCUGCUGGAAACAUUCUGCUGGGAAGCACAGACUUUCACAGCAGAUUUGCUCCCUGUUCUGUGACCACAUGUUGUAGCCUGGGCCGCAGUUGUCACCUCCACAGCUUCAUGCGUCGAGGUGGGCUAGAGGUAGCCCUGCAGGUCCAGGUGUUGGACACUCCAAGUUAUCCACACAGCAGGCUGAGCAAGAAGUAUGUGAAACAGGAAGUCAAAGAGGCUCUGGCACAUCAUUUCGGGCAAGGGGGUCUCCACCUUGCACUCCUGGUUCAGAGAGCAGAUGUGCCUUUCUGUGGGCAGGAAGUAACUGACCCAGUCCAGAUGAUCCAGGAACUUCUUGGACGUGCUUGGAUGAAUUACACAGCCAUUCUUUUUACCCAUGCAGAAAAAAUAGAAGAGGCUGGGCUUACUGAAGAUAAAUAUUUACAUGAGGCCUCUGAUACCCUGAUAACACUGCUAAAUUCUAUUCAGCACAAAUAUGUUUUCCAGUACAAAAAAGGAAAAUCACUCAAUGAACAAAGAAGGAAAAUCUUAGAAAGAAUCAUGGAAUUUAUAAAAGAGAAUUGUUACCAAGUUCUUACCUUUAAAUAAAAUUUAGGUGAAAGGAAAGGAGCAUUGGGUAUUGGAGUCAGAAACCUAGCUACAAAGAAUGCCUUUAUUGACAUGAAUGUGGACCAUAAGUAUUCUGAUAUGCUGCUGGUGAGAGUGUACCUUGAUAUAACCACUUUGGAAAACUAGAAGUUAAAAAGAACAUCAAUGAUUCAAGAUUUCUAAUGCAAAUCCCAUGACAUAGCAAUUACACUCCUAAGUGUAUAUCCAACAUAAAUGUGUACAUUUGUGUACUAGAAGACAUGUAUGCACAAUAAUGUUCAUGGAACUACUAUUCAAAAGCUAAACAUACAGACUAUUCAAAUGUCUAUUAAUAUUAGAAUGGUUAAGUAAAUUGUGGUAUGUUCCCACAGUGGGAUAUUAGAAUAAGUAAUUAGAAUUAGCAAGCUCAACUAUAUGUAACGAUACCAAUGAAUUGCCCAAACAUAAUGUUGAAAAAUAAGCCAGACUUUUAUAAAAGAGUACAUACUCCAUGAUUCCAUGUGCAGAAAGUUCAAAAACAGUAAAACAAAUGUAAUCUAAACUACUCUGAUGGUAGAAGUGCUGGAAAUUGGGAGAGUGGUUAACCUUGGGGAGGGGAUUGUGAGUGAAAGGUUACACUUGGUGUGGCUUCUGAGAUUCUGGUCAUGUUCUUUUGUUCUCUUGUUUUGGAGCCUGGUUUCACAGGAUUUGUUCACUUUGUGAAAAUGCAACAACAAACACUUGUGAUUUAUAAACUACUUGUAUAUGCUAUAUUUAAAUAAAAGUUAAAAAUAAUUAGUUAUUAUCCAUUAAAAA